GACUUUAACAUGUUCCCGCAACAAAUCAGGACAGGUUUCAAUGCUUUUCUGGAUCAGAUUUUUUGCUGGAAACUUGCCUGAAAUCUUGGGGAAAACAUUUAGUUUUGACUAUAAUGAUAAGAAAGAGAUUUCUCGCAUUAAAACAAAACAAGAGCCUGGACGAUUUGUUCUACAUAUCAGAAAAACAGAGCAAAGUGAUACUGCAUUUUACUACUGUUUAAUAUCACAGCAUCGUAGCAUUAGGUUUUUGGAGGGAAUCUUUCUGAGAGUCGAAGGACCAGAACCUGAUAUCACUGCCGUCAUUCAACACUUUCUACCUGAUCCAGUUCAUCCAGGAGACUCAGUGACUCUGCAGUGUUCAGUCCUCUCAGACUCUGAGAAGAAUACAUGUCCAGAACAACAACACAGUGUGUUCUGGUUCAACAUUGGAUCAGAUGAAUCUCCUCCGAGUCUAAUUUACGCCCAAACUAACAGUGGAGAUGAAUGUGAGAGGAGUCUGGAGGCUCCAUCUCUACAGAGUUGUGUCUACAGCUUCUUCAAGGAAAACAUCAGCUCGUCUGAUGCUGGGACGUAUUACUGUGCUGUGGUUGCAUGUGGAAUGGUAGUUUUUGGAAAUGGAACGAAACUGGACAUUGAAGUUGUCAGCACACAUGAUUCACAGAAGGACGAUACAUUUCUAUUUCUGUUAUGUGCUGCUUUGGCUGUAAGUCUGAUUGUUAUAGUGUUCCUUGUUCAUGCCAUCAGGAAAAAAUCUUGUGAUUGUUGCAAAGAUUCAGUUGCGCUUCAACCAAAUUCUGAGACAGUCAGUGGCAACGAGCAAAAUCAUCAGUUGGGCUUCGACUGCACUACAACGGCAGCGGUGUGCAUGUGUGGACUGUGUAGACAGGGCUGGAUUGGCCAUCUGGCGUACCGGGCGAUGCCCGGUGGGCCGAAGCACAUUUUUGGGCCGGCACAGGGGGUGUCAUAA